AUGGCAUUAGCAGCACAAGCUCUGUUGCGAUCAAAUCUCUACGUGGCUAUGACUGAUGAUAAGGUUAUCAUGAAGAUUGGGCCAAAGGGGGAUUUGGGGACUCUUGGUUUAGCUUACUCAGGCCUUGAUUGUGCUGUUUGGGAGAAGAAAUACGAAAGGGUUGCUUAUUUGGACACCGAUGUUGGCCAGCCUGAAUUCACUGCACCGGGUUUUCUUUCUCUCACAGUUGUCGAUAAAUCAAGUCUCGGUACCUCAUACGGAUGCUUUUGA